UCUCACGGCCUAAGCAUGGAUCUCGAACAGAGGGAGGGCUGCAGCCUGCAAGGAGAUGGAUGCUACGGCGGGAUAGCAUGUGCAGCCCUCCCCCUUGGGAGCAGUAUAUAAGCGCCCGGCACCUGAGGCAUCUCUUGCUAUCAAGUGGAAGUGUGCCCACCAGCAGCACAAGGGUAUCGAUCGGGCACUGGUGUCAGGUGUGAGACAGGAGCAACCGUCGCCAUGCCGAAGCUGCAGAGGUUCAGAGGAGUGAGGCAGAGGCACUGGGGUUCCUGGGUCUCCGAGAUCCGCCACCCACUCCUGAAGACGAGGAUCUGGCUGGGCACGUACGAGACGGCGGAGGACGCGGCGCGGGCGUACGACGAGGCGGCGCGGCUGAUGAGCGGGCCGGCGGCGCGCACCAACUUCCCCCCGAGCAGCGGGGCCGUCGGCACCCUCUCCCCGACGCUGCGCGCGAAGCUGGAGAACUGCUGCACGGAGGAGUCGCCGUCGAAGCAGCCGGCGCAGGACGGCGGCGCGGACGCGUCAGGAGCACCAGAGCGCGACGGCGGCGGCGCCAGGCAGGAGCUGCAGUGCGUGAAAGCCGAGACCGGCGACGACGACGAGUACAUCGAGGAGAUGAUCAGGGAGCUCACCUACUACGGCCCCGUGGAGAUACAGCACCCCUCAGGCUCCUCCGGCGCCGCCCCCGCCUGCUCGAGCUCGCCGGCGAUUCGGUGACUGAGCCAGCCAAAGAUUAGCCGCUAGCUAGCUAGCCAGCCGACGCAGCAGCCGUCGUCGUCAUCUACAGCAGCCGUUGUUUCGUUAGGCACAUUUAGCCGUCCAUUUUGGAGGAGUGGGGCCCGGUCCGGAGGGAAUGGAACGCGAGUUGCAUUGGCACCCGGCCGGGGGUCCUCUCUCCCCUGGGAUUGGGAUUGAGCGGGCGGGCCGGUGUGUACAGAGCGGGAAGGGGACCAAAGGAUCUUUCGGGAUAAGGGGUCUUGAUUUGGUUCAUGAUGUGAUGCUUGUUUCAGGACAUGUCGUUUAGCCCCUUUGAUAUCCGAGCUUUGGCCCCUUUAUCUUUGCGGGUGUGUUUAGUUCGCGAAAAAUUUGCUGUAGCACGUUUCGGUUUUAUUUGCAAUUAUUGUCCAACUAUAGAGUAAUUAGU